CCUUGAUGAGUGUGGCUCAGUUUCAACCCUUGGGUCUUUAACAUGAGACAGAGCACUGUGACCCAACCCUCGACUCCAAGAAUGGCUACAUUUACUUUCUGCCUGGCACUAUUCUAAGUGCUUUACAUAUCUCAACAUCCCUAAUAGACCCAGCCACAGCUCGUUAUUGUUUCUUUGGCUCUCAGCACUCAACUGAGCGCCCCAGCUCUUCCUCACCUCCUGGGACACUCCAGCAGACUCCAGAUUGUGACGCAGGCGUCUACGUACCAGCCUCGCUCCAGGUGCCAGGCGCUGCCACACCUUCAGCUCCCCCGGCACAGGUCCAACGCAGAGGCUAAGGUUUCUAGGCCGUGGACUUCAGCCCGGUCUGCAAGCCCUGCUCUGAUAGGCUGCCUCCCGCAGUCGCGGCGCCCCUGCGUAGGGCGCCCAGGUUCCUCCCCUUAGCCCUGAAGGGAUUGGGCCUUGUGGCACCGCCCACGCUCGGAUUGGUCCUGGUCCGAGGUGAGACCCGACGUUGAGCCCUCGUGGGCCUUAGGGACUGCGGAGAAGUGUUGGGCCAUGGCCCGGGCUCGCAAGGUGGAGCUGGCCGAGGCUCUGGCUCUGGGGCCGGACUGGAGGCAUGCCUGUUAUGCGCUCCUGCACGCGCCGGAUCCUGGGAUUCUCUUUGGCCGCCUCCCUCUGCGCUAUGCCAUACUGAUGCAGAUGCGCUUCGAUGGGCGUUUGGGCUUCCCUGGGGGAUUCGUGGACUCGCAAGACAGCAGCCUAGAGGAUGGGCUGAACCGUGGUCUGCUGGAACAGCUGGGUGAGGCGGCGGCCGCCUUCCGCGUGGAGCGCCCUGACUACCGCAGCUCCCACACUGGGUCAGGGCCACGUGUUGUGGCCCACUUCUAUGCCAAGUCUCUGACACUCGAGCAGCUGUCGGCUGUGGAGGCCAGUGCAACACGCGCCAAGGACCACGGGCUGGAGGUGCUGGGCCUGGUGAGAGUGCCCCUGUAUACCCUGCGUGAUGGUGUGGGAGGCCUGCCUACCUUUCUUGAGAAUUGCUUUAUUGGUGCUGCCCGGGAGCAGUUACUGGAUACCCUCCAGGACUUGGGAGUGGUGGAAGCUGGUGCCUUCUCAAGGCUUCAGACCUCAGCUCGUCAGUAGCAACCCUCUGUGGAUGCAGGGAACCUAAGAUGAGGACUUUGGUAUCUAGGAAGAGAAUGGUUUCUCUUCUGGACCUAAAGAUGAUACCAGAUUAAAAGAAGAAGAGUGUACCAUAUGUUUUGAGCAGAGGACUCUCCAAUUCAUGGCAUCAGGGGCAAAAAUCCACAGCUCAUCCUAGGGGGUCCCAGCAGGUUCUUAGAGCCUACGUCUUCCCUGUACAUUUGCAUGUAGCCUGGUAACCCCCAGGCAUGCAUAUGCACAAUGUGACCACACACAGCCUGAAUUAUUUCACCUAUCAAGUCCAGUUUAACCAGGAAUUGGCAUUUGUUACCAUACCCUGCCUCUUGCUUUGCAGAGAGCUUCUAUGGCAAGGGUGGGUCCUUCCCAUAGUCCUCCAUGGCUGCUCGUUAGAGUCUAGCCCAACCCAUGUUUGUUGGGAAGAAUAGAGAAGCAGAGAAUCAUCUUUGCUUUCCUGAAAGUAUCCAUGCCCUUGCCAGAGGGUUCACUAAAGCAAUUGGCUCCUGAAAAGUGGAACAGGAUCUUAACCAAUCUCCAACACUUUUCUUCUCCUGAAACUGAGAAGAGGUAAGGAAGUAGCUAGGUCCCCUUGGACUGGGCAUGGAUGUGAGACCUGUGAGUACUGGUGUCUCUUCUUCAGAGCUUUCAUCUUUGGUUUGCUUUAGACUCUGGGACUAUCAGAAGAGAACUGACCCACAGCUGUCUAGCCCUGCCCUGCCAAAAAAACAGCCUCCCAUUAAAGAGGUCUUAGAGCUGGACCUUGAGGCCCUUUACUUCUUUCAACAGAUAUCUAAUAUGUACCUACUACAUGCCAGGUACCAUAAAAGGUCUUGCUCUCCAAGUCUCCAGGACAGGGGUGGGCAAACAUGUUCUUAAAAGCCAAAUAGCAACUAUUUUAAGCUUUGUAAACUACAUAGUUUUUAAAAAAAUAUUUUCUAACAUUGACUAAUAAAAGUUGCCUAUACUUAUUUUGUACAAAAUGAUGCUUUGAAAUAUGUAAUCUACGGCCAUACUACCCUGAACGCGCCCGAUCUAGUCUGAAAUAUGUAUACAUUGUGGUAUGGCUAAAUUGAGCUAAUUAACAUAUGAAUUUACCUCACACAUUUAUCAUUUUUCAUGGUAAGAACACAAAAUUUACUCUUAGCAAUUUUCACAAAUAUGAUGCAGUUAUUUACUAUAGUCGCCAUUCAUGCAAUAUAUCGUUUGAACUUAUCUCUCCUAACUGAAGUUUUGUAUUCUCUGAUCAACAUCUUCUCAAUUACUGUUCCCUCCUCCCAAUCCUGGUAGCCAUUAUUUUGCUCUCUGUUUCUAUGUGUUUAACUUUUUUAGAUGCCAUAUGUAAGUGAGAUCAUGUGAUAUUUGCACCUGGCUGAUUUCAUUUAACAUAAUGCCAUCUAGGUUAAUCCAUAUUGUCACAAAUGACAGGAUUUCCUUCUAUUUUAAGGCCUAAUAGUAUUCCAUUGUGUAUAUGUACCACAUUGUCUUUAUUCAUUUAUCUGUUGGUGGGCACUUAGGUUGCUUCCACAUCUUGGCUAUUGUGAAUAAUGUCACAAUGAACAUGAGAGUGCAGAUAUCUCUCCAGAUCCUAAUUUCAAUUCCUUUGGAUAAAUACCCUGUAAUGGAAUUGCUACCAUAUAGUAGUUCUUUAUUUUUAAGUACCUUUAUGCUGUUUUCCAUGGUGACCAUACUAAUGUACAUUUUCACCAAUAUUGUGUUAAGCAUUCACUUUUCUUCAUAUUUUCUUUAUUACCUUUCAUCUUUUUAAUCAUAACCAUUCUAACAGGUAUGAGGUGAUAUUCUAUAGUGGUUUUGAUUUGCAUUUCCCUAAUAAUUAGUGAUGUUGAGCAUUUUUUUCUAUACAUGUUGGUCCUUCUUUGAGAAAUGUCUAUUCAGGUCAUCUGCCUCAUAUUUAAUUGAGUUAUUUGUUUUCUUGCUAUUGAGUUGUUCAUGUUUCUGGUAUAUUUUGGCUAUUAACCUCUUGUCAGUUGUGUGAUUUGCAGUUAUUUUCUCCCAUUCUACAGAUUGUUCCUUUACUGUGUUGACUGUUUCCUGUGCUGUAUAAAGAUUUUAGUUUGAUGUAAUCCCAUUUGUCUAUUCUUGUUGUUGUUGCCUAUGCUUUUGAAGUCUUAUCCAAAAAAUUAUUGUCCAGACCAGUGUCACUGAGCUUUUCCCCUGUUUUCUGGUCGCUCUAUAGUUUCAGGUCUUGCAUUUAAGUCUUUAAUCCAUUUUGAGCUUAUUUUUUUUAUGGUAUGAGAGGUUCUAAUUUUAUUCUUCUGCAGAAAAAUAUGCAGUUGUCCCAACACCAUUUAUUGAAGAGAUUAUCUUUUCCCCAUUUCCCCAUCUUACCCUCUGUGGAAAAUCAAUUGACCAUAAAUGUGUGGAUUUAUUUCCAAGAUCUGUAUUCUGUUCCAUUGGUCUAUGUGUCUAUUUUUAUGACAGUACCAUGCUGUUUUGAUUACUAUAGCUUUGUGGUAUAUUGUGAAGUCAAGUAAUGUGAUACCUCUAGCUUUGUUGUUUUGGUUAAGAUUUUUUGGCUAUUAAAGGUUUUUUUCUAGUUUCAUGUGAAUCUUUGAAUUGUUUUUUCUGUUUCUUCGAAAAAAGCCAUGGGAAUUUUGAUAGGGAUUAUAUUAAAUCUGCAACUUACUUUGAGUCAUAUGAACAUUUUAGCAACAUAAAUUUUUCCAGUUCA